AUGGCCCCUCCUGCCUUCAAUCUUACUGCACUGGAUCACCAGCUCCUCGCCAUGACCGACGAGGAGUUCAUAGCCCACGACUGGGAUGAUCUACAAGGCAUUAUCGCCCGGAAUGAUCUCGCCGCACUGAAGCGGAAACCCUCCGAUCUCCGCCGAUACCUGGACUGGAGUGCAGCCACCAAAGCGCACUAUGGCUCCAUCAUGAAUUUUAUCUGUCAGCGCCGUCUAGGCUGGUCAUUCCCGCCAGCCUCAACCGAAACAACCCCGGGCUCCACGCCGUCCCCAGCAUCCGCCUCCAGUACACCCGCGGCUAUUCAAAGUGGAGUCACCUUCAGGAACCCGCGCCCAUUUGCCGACCCUGAAGACUACAAGAUUCUCCGGAAUGACUGGCCCUACGGCUUGGACCCCGGCAUUUCGCAUCUCGUUGUUUGGCUGCGCACCCCGAUCCCGGUCCAGGGCGAGGAAGGUCAUCUCACUGAUGAGUCAAGAGCUCUAAUUGAGGACUUUGUUCAGCGGACUUUUGUUGAUCGUCUAGCCCGGGAUCCGCAACGGCGCUUCCAAGACCCUAAAUCUCAGAUUUUGUGGUUUAAGAAUUGGGUUGGGUUGCAGAGUGUACGCGCGCUCGAACAUGUUCAUAUUCUCACUAGAGAUGUUCCGGAAGAUAUUCUCUUCGAAUGGUCGGGGGAGACUGGCGUUACGAGGGAGUAA